AGCUGUCCACUGACAUGCCAGAGGGAGUGUCACAGUGGUGAUACAGGGGUUCAGAAGAGAACUGAGGCGUUUGAUCAAGGAAGGUUUACUCUAACCGUCUCCGGCCUGUCGAGGACCUGCAGCCCCACCAUGGCGGAUCAGUACCAGUACAACACCAACGAGGAGAAGAUUGUAAAGGACAGCCACACCAAGGAGAUCGAUCUAAUUAACAGAGACCCCAAGCAGAUCAAUGAGGACGUGGUGAAGGUGGAGUUUGAGGAUGUCAUUGCAGAGCCUGAUGGUACACACAGCCUGGAUGGUGUGUGGAAGCUCAGCUACACCACCUUCACGGUGUCCAAGUACUGGUGCUACCGCAUCUUGUCUGCUGUCUUCGGGAUCCCUGUAGCUCUCCUUUGGGGCUUCCUGUUUGCAUGUAUCUCCUUCUGCCACAUCUGGGCUGUGGUUCCCUGCAUCAAGAGCUGUCUGAUUGAGUCGCAGUGCAUCAGCCGCAUCUACUCUCUCUGCAUUCAGACCUUCUGCGAUCCCUUCUUUGAAGCCCUGGGCAAGAUCUUCAGCAGUGUGCGCGUUGCACUGCGCAAAGAAGUCUAAGUACUCACACAAUAGUGUUUAUAGUAUGAUCGGAAGAAGUGCGGUACCUUUUUAUACACCAGAAGAUCAGUCCUGGCCUCUCGCUUACUCCCUGAUACUCCUCCUCCCUCCCUCCCUCCCUCACAUGCUGCUCCCCACCCUCAAGUUCCCUGCUCUGAGUCCUGACAUACCCACUGUGCCUUUUGCCACCAGAAGCUCUGUGACAGCUGCAGCAGGCAGUGUGGUUCUGUGACAGCUCUGGCACUCCUGGAGGGCUCAGUGCUCCUCACUGGGGGGAGAAGAGGGCCGCUUGCCAUGAGAAGGAUCUGUCUGCCUUCAUUUAUUAAGCAAAGACAGAAGCUACUCAUUCACAACAAAUGAAACAAACUCCCCGCCACUGCUGCACCUGCGGACAGUGCUGCAUGUAUGCAUUACAUUUGGCCAUUCUUAAAAGUUAUAGUGAUGCUGUAUGUUGCUGUGCCUGCCAUUGUAUAACUUUACACUGACUGAAUUGAAUUUGAGAAAUAUAUAUGUAACAUUAUUAGAAAAACUCUAACCAAAAGAUAGGAAUUGAAAAUGUUUUCUCUACAUAAUUAUUUUGUCCGAUUUCUUCAUAGUUUGUAAAAAGGUAUUCUGAUAUCUUUCCCGUCUUAAUUUGUGAUGACUCUACAGUGACUAACAAACUGUUUGGAGACUUGCAGAUGUAUGAAAUAUGUUUGGAACCAACCAUGCAGAAAAUCUACUUCCUUUUAUCAAACCAUGAUGAGUGGAAUAUUAAACUUGCUUAUUUGCGUAAUUCAGUCAAGUAUGUGUAAACAAGUAUGGACAUAACUACCGAUGCAGUAAAGUAAAAACCUGUAAUGUUCCAUAGCAUUAUUUUGAUUAGAAAAGAAGAUAUAUGUAUAAAAGUAUAAUUUGCUUUGCUGCUAUUGUGCAAACGGGCUGAAACUUUACAAUUAAUGAUCGUAUCCUUAUAAUAGAAGUAUAUGUGUAUUGUUUCAAAUCAUUCUGAGAGGCUUAAAGAAAUACAUUUUUAAGAUUCACCAAACAUCCUAACCAUGUAUUAGUGAUAUUUUUGAUAACUUCAGUCACUACAGGUUUCUGUUAAUAUGCUUCUCUUCUGUGUCUGAGAUUCAAUAUUGAUGUUUCUUUGUUCAUAACCUCAGUGUGUUUCUUCUUGUCGAUUCUUUGCAGUCCUGUAUUGUGCUAGACAACGCAUACAUUUUAUAUGAGCAUAAACAACACACUGUGAUAAAGAAUUAUUCUGAUUAAUGGACUGUAUAACCCAGUGUAAUUAAUGAGCAAGAGUAAUUUAUUAGACAAAACUGUAGAGAGACAUUAAGUAUGUAGAAUACAUAAAUAUGUUUGGUGUAACCAAAAUACAACAAAUUCUCCACAAAUACAGAUCUCAUGAAUUUAUUUAUGCAUUUAUUUAUAUAUUUGCCUUCUGCAAAUGAUUUAUUGAACUUGUAUAAUUACAGACAUACUGUACACAUAAACUGCCCUCCAAACUUAUGGGCAUCUUUGAGGAUGGAACAAUUACUUAGAAUCUUUCAUCAUAUAAUUCAUUUCAAAGGGGUUUGAUGCGGUCUGUUAAGUCUUAAUUGCAUUGUUCACAUUAUUAAGGCUACAGGGGAAGUAUACUCCUCCUAAAUAUAACAGAAAAAUAAAACAAUGUAGUAUACAGUGGCAGUGCAGUUAUAUUACUGAAAAAGUGUAAUUUGGCACUUCAUUAAUGAAUCCUGUUAUCCACACAAUAAUAAAAUCAAAGCAGUUGUAUCAUGCA